AGUGCUUUAAUAUUUUUUUAAGGAAACAGUUGCGCGAGCAGUUAGUUAGGUGGAUAAACAAGUGUCAGAACUGCUAUUCGUCAGGUUGACAGUUGUUUAUUAUUAGUAUUUGUGGACACGGACAAUACUGCCACGAAAAUAUGGGAUGAAAUAGGUUAAUUCGCGUGAGCAGUGUGUUGUUGACAGACAGCGGGGCUGUGGUAUUAUGGCAGAGAGAGAGAGAGAGAGACAGUAACGUUAGCUAGCUCGCACUAGCUUGCCUUUAUCGACUCCCUGUUCGUGAUAUAUAACUUCUUAAACAAUUUGGAAAAGACGGGACAAUGGUUUGGACGCUAACUAACGCAACUUACGUCACCGAGUUGUAUAAUGUAUAGGUUAUCGAACUACUUUCACUGAGCUGAUGAGGAUUUAGCCUUAAAGGAAGCAAUAGCUUAAGGAAAAAACAGCAAGAGUGCUUCAGAGAUUGCUAUUUUGUAUUUUUUUUUUUUCAUUUGUUUAAAGAAACUAAACAGUGUUGUAUGAGUCAUCACAAUGCAUGACGCCUACGAGCCCGUGCCUAUUUUGGAAAAACUGCCCCUCCAGAUCGACUGCCUGGCGGCUUGGGAGGACUGGCUUCUGGUGGGGACUAAACCCGGUCAUCUCCUCCUCUACAGAAUCAAGAAGGAUGCAGGCACAAACAGAUUUGAAGUGACACUAGAGAAAUCCAACAAGAACUUCUCCAAGAAGAUCCAGCAGCUGUAUGUUGUAUCCCAGUACAAGAUUUUGGUCAGUCUUUUGGAAAACAAUAUCCAUGUCCAUGACUUGCUCACAUUCCAGCAGAUAACUGUGGUAUCAAAGGCCAAGGGUGCAACACUUUUUGCAUGUGACCUGCAGCAGUCUAGCUCAGGGGAAGCUAAGUUGCGGAUGUGCGUCGCUGUUAAAAAGAAACUUCAGCUUUACUACUGGAAAGACAGGGAGUUUCAUGAGUUACAGGGAGAUUUUGCAGUUCCUGAUAUUCCUAAAUCCAUGGCUUGGUGUGAAAAUUCCAUAUGUGUUGGUUUUAAGCGUGACUACUAUCUGAUUCGGAUGGAUGGACGUGGCUCAAUUAAAGAGCUAUUCCCAACAGGGAAGCAACUGGAGCCACUGGUGGCCCCGCUGGCUGAUGGGAAAGUAGCUGUGGGUCAGGAUGAUCUAACUGUUGUCUUAAACGAGGAAGGAACCUGCACACAGAAGUGUGCCCUCAACUGGACUGACAUCCCUGUUGCAAUGGAACACCAGCCUCCUUACAUUAUAGCUGUGCUGCCACGCUAUGUGGAGAUUCGCACCUUUGAACCAAGAUUAUUGGUACAGAGUGUGGAGUUGCAGAGGCCACGCUUCAUCUCCUCUGCAGGGCCCAAUAUUGUGUAUGUUGCCAGCAACCAUUUUGUCUGGCGACUUGUGCAAGUCUCUAUAGCAAGCCAGAUUCGGCAGCUCCUACAGGACAAACAGUUUGAGCUGGCACUUCAGCUAGCGAAGAUGAAGGAUGAUGCAGAUGGUGAUAAGAAGCAGCAGAUUCACCAUAUUCAGAAUUUAUACGCCUUCAAUCUCUUCUGUCAGAAGCGUUUUGAUGAUUCUAUGCAGGUGUUUGCCAAGCUGGGGACAGACCCAACUCAUGUGAUCGGGCUGUAUCCAGACCUACUGCCCUCUGAAUACCGAAAACAGCUGCAUUACCCAAAUCCUUUGCCCACCCUCUCUGGAGUAGAGUUGGAAAGGGCACACCUGGCUCUCAUUGAUUACUUAACACAGAAACGCAGUCAUUUGGUGAAACAGCUGAAUGACUCAGACCCCUCCACCACAUCCCCACUUAUGGAGGGCACACCUACAAUCAAAAGCCGCAAGAAACUUCUUCAGAUUAUAGACACCACCCUGCUUAAAUGCUACCUCCAUACCAAUGUGGCCUUGGUGUCGCCGCUACUGCGUCUAGAAAACAAUCACUGUCAUGUGGAGGAGAGUGAGUAUGUUCUGAAGAAGGCACACAAGUAUAGUGAGCUCAUCAUCCUCUAUGAAAAGAAGGGCCUGCAUCAGAAGGCUCUGCAGGUCCUGUUGGAUCAGUCUACCAAAGCCAACUCCCCUCUAAAGGGUCAUGAGAGGACAGUGCAGUAUCUCCAGAGACUAGGGGCAGAGAAUCUCGGCAUUAUCUUUGAAUUUUCCCCAUGGGUGCUGAAGUCUUGUCCAGAGGAUGGUCUCAAGAUAUUUACAGAGGACCUAACAGAGGUAGAGGUGCUGCCCAGAGACAAGGUGCUCGACUUUCUGAAGGAGGGUUUUAAGGAGCUAGCUGUGCCCUACCUGGAGCACAUUAUUCAUGUGUGGGAGGAAACAGGCCCGGAGUUCCACAACGUGCUGAUCGAGCUCUACCUGGAGAGAGUACAAACUCUGAUGAAAGAGUAUCUCAACUCUCUGCCUGAGGGUGUCCCAGCUGUGGCUGCAGGAAAGGAAGAAGGAGAACUUGGAGAGUUACGAAACAAGCUGUUGGCUUUCCUAGAUAUUUCAACAUGCUAUGAGCCAGAGAUUCUCAUCAGUAACUUUCCAUUUGAUGGUCUGUUGGAGGAGCGAGCCCUGCUUUUGGGCCGCAUGGGAAAACAUGAGCAGGCACUCUUCAUAUACGUGCACAUACUGAAUAACACAUACAUGGCUGAGGAGUACUGUCACAAACAUUAUGACAAAUCAGUAGAUGGAAAUAAAGAUGUGUAUCUGUCUCUCUUGCGUAUGUACCUGUCUCCUCCAGAUGCACACUGUCUGGGUCCUAUAAAGAUGGAGCUGUCUGAACCCCAGGCUAAUCUUCAGGCUGCCCUGCAGGUCCUUGAGCUGCACCACAGCAAGCUCAACACUACUAAGGCGAUAAACCUGCUUCCAGCAAACACUCAGAUUAAAGAGAUCCGUGUGUUUCUGGAGAGUGUGUUGGAGGAGAAUGCCCAAAGGAAACGCUUCGACCAGGUGCUCAAGAGUCUGCUGCAGGCUGAGUUCCUCCGGGUCCAAGAAGAGCGAAUCUUUCAUCAGCAGGUGAAGUGCGUCAUUACAGAAGAGAAGACCUGCCGAGUGUGCAAGAAGAAGAUUGGAAACAGUGCCUUUGCCAGGUAUCCAAAUGGUGUGGUGGUGCAUUAUUUUUGCUGUAAGGAUCGCAGUUUGUGUCCCACAGAGCAGUGAGAUUUCUCAGCUGGAUAUACUCAAUGCACACCUUCAUCUACUCGAAAUGUUUUGUGCUGCACAAUGGAAGGAAGUCUCAGUCUGUGUCUUGAAGAAAUUAAUAAGGAUUUUGACACAGGAUUGUGGCCUUGGAGAAAAAAAAAGUUACGGUACUUAACUCAACUGAUGACUUCUUAGCCCUGCACAUGGUUCUGAAUUGAGACAUUAUUACACUGAAGACAUAAUUGCUAUUGCACUCCAUUUGUAAAGAUAAUUAAUUAAUUAAAUAACACAUACUGUAGAUUUAUGCUUUCUUGUUUGAUGUUGUGUCUCCCAUCCCCUGAUAUUUUAUUUACUUUUAUUUUGAAGCUCGUUUCUGUUCAGUGUUGUCACAUUGUGUCUAAAAAUAAAAGCAACCUGUGUUUUAUGUGUUAAAUCUGUUACGGUUGUGUUUUAGCUCAUUAACAUGCAGACUGUCAUGCUGAGUCAACGGUCAUAUUUGCUUUGGGAUGUUCUGGUUGUAGAAGGGAAGCCAGACAGAUUUUUUUUUCUCAUACACUUUUUGUAGUUUUGCUCCAAUAUACAGAAUAUUAUUAGUUUGUUUUGAACAUAAUGAAAAAGUGUAGCAGACUAUUUUUCCAGUCUCUACGUGAACAGGCCGCCUUUAGUUCGUGAUUUCUGAAGCAUGGCAGUUUUGGCUUCUACAUGGCUUUAAUUUAUUCUUACUAAUGAACAAUGCAAGAAAAUAAAGCACUAAUGAUUACAGUGGAUUAUUACACAUUGAUGUUGCUAUAAAUGUUGGUAAUCUCACAUGCGCAAAAGGAGUCCUUUGGGGGCACCAGCUGUAUAGCUUGUUCAAAUGUGUGCUUGGAAGUUUUUUAUUAAAUUUCUUGCCAUCUUUCAUAAAUCUUCUCCUUAUUAUGAUCGACCAUGACCUAGACUGUUGUUCUUGAGAGGAAAAGAUAAUUGUUUUUGGUUCCAAGCAGUGUAAAAUUUGAGGUGCGUGAGCAUUUAAUGUAUGCAUACUUCAAAUAUGAACGAGGAGAUGCAUUACUGCUAAUAAACAUGUUUCCUGUCAUGUGCAA